AUGUCUAAAGGGAAGAUGAAUGCGGAUCUAGGACCUGCGUUAAAGCCCUUUGACGGCAAGGAUGACUUCACGGAUUGGCAAAGGAUGAUGAAGAACGUACUGAUACAGCAAGAUUUGGAUGAUGCACUCAGUGGUGAGAAGCCGACAGGCAUGACAGACGCAACAUGGACCAAGGUUCUCAAGAAAGCCAAGAGUUCCAUCGAGAUCCAUCUCACAAGAUCAGUUCGGUCACACAUCACAGAAAAGAUGACUGCCCAAGAAGCAUGGGAAAAGUUGGAGAAUGUUUAUAUGGGCAAAACCGUGUCCAAUAAACUUUUUCUAAAGGAUGAACUAUUCGGACUUCGACUGGAAGAAGGAGGUGAUAUUGAAGAUCACGUAUGCAGGUUUCAAAAUUGCAUAACUAAUCUUCAGAAGGUCGAAGAAACUUACAAAGAUGAUGAUAUGGCUAUCAUCUUGCUGAGGUCUCUACCUUCGUCUUUCAAGCACUUUCGAACAACUCUAAUGUUUGGAAAAGAGUCCCUGAAGCUUGAAGACGUGAUUCAAGCUCUUCAGUCAUAUGCUAAACUAGAUGAUAUAACUGAAAGCUCUCAAGGCCUUUAUGCCAAAGGCAAGGAGAGGGGGCGGGAAAAGACAAAGGAAGAGAAAACAGGCAACAGAGGUAGGUCAAAAUCCAAGAAGAAAAAGGAAAAGAAGGAAGGUUGCUUCGAAUGUGGUUCAGCCGAUCAUUGGAAGAGGAACUGCAAGAUUUGGAAAGAGAAGAAAGCCAAGAGGGAAGGAAGCUCGGGUUUAGCUAGUGCAGUCACCGAGCAUGAGAGUGACGGGGAGCUUCUUUCAGUAACAUCAGGCUCCAAUGCUUUCACAAAUUGGAUUUUGGAUACCGGAUGCACUUUUCAUAUGUGUGCAGUAAGAGAAUGGUUCGAUACUUACAAAGAAGUCAGCAGCGGGGAAGUUUUAAUGGGGGACGAUUCUUCAUGUCCUGUAAAAGGAAUCGGCACUGUUCAAAUCAGAAUGCUCGGGCACAUAAGCCAGAAAGGGUUGCAAGAAUUACACAAGCAAGGCCUGUUGGAAGGCGUGUCAUCUUGCAAACUGGACUUUUGUGAAUAUUGUGUUCUUGGAAAGCAAAGGAAGGUAUCAUUCACGAGUAGCAAUGCAGAUAACCGAAGCAAGGAGCAACUCAGCUAUAUUCACUCAGAUGUUUGGGGCCCUGCACCAACCAAAUCAAAUGGUGGAGCCAGGUAUUUUGUUACUUUCAUGGAUGAUUUUUCUAGGAAGGUUUGGGUUUAUUUCAUGAAGCAGAAAUCCGAGGUUUUUGCAAAGUUCAAGGAAUGGAAAACAGAAACCGAGAAUCAAACUGGAAGAAAGAUCAAGUACCUGAGAAGUGACAAUGGAGGUGAAUAUACAAGUAAUGAGUUUACUGAUUACUGCAAGCAAGAAGGCAUCACAAGGCACUUCACAGUAAAGAAGAAUCCCCAACAAAAUGGAGCUGCUGAGAGGAUGAACCGAACUCUCAUGGAGAGAGAGAGAGAGAGAGAGAGGAGCAUGCGAUUUCAUGCAGGAUUGCCUGAUAGUUUUUGGGCAGAAGCUGUUAAUCAUGCAAGUUAUUUGAUUAACAGAUCACCAUCUACAGUUCUCAGUUUUAAGAGUGCAAAAGAGGUAUGGUCUGAGAAGCCGGUGGACUAUUCCAAGCUCAGGGUAUUCGGCUGUAGUGCUUAUGCACAUAUUCCAAGCGAUGAAAGGUCCAAGCUCAAACCAAAGUCUACACAUUGCAUAUUCUUAGGUUUUGAGAAAGGAGUGAAGGGUUUCAAGCUUUGGGAUAUCAACAACAGGAAAAAGGUUGUCAGCCGAGAUGUUGUCUUUGAUGAGACAACCAUGCCUCUGAAUAAAGUCGAGAGCAGUAGGGAGAAGAAAGACGAUGCUGAAAUUGAAGCAACAAAGAUUCCGCUAAUCAGUUCAGACGAAGAAGAAGCUCAGGUGGAGCAAAUUGAGCAAGAUGCCGAAUCUGAUGGUUUUGAGGAAGAAGAUGAGUAUCAGCAUCAUUCACCAGUUAGGAAUCAGGUUGAGCAAGAAAUAGGGCAGAUUGAAGGCACUAUAAUCCGCCAAACAUCCCAAAGGGUUAGAACUCCAACCAACAAUCCACCUGCAUUCCAGAGAUGCAUAGCACUGGACAAACCUAAUCGGAACAAGAAGAAACCUGACAGGUUUGGGUUUGACCAAGACGAAGUUAAUUAUGCUCUCAACAUUAGUCAAGGAGAUCCAACUACUUAUCGAGAAGCUAUAGCAAGUGAUGAGCGAGAUAGUUGGAUAAGUGCUAUGACAGAAGAAAUGGAGUCUCUUUACAAGAACUCUGUUUGGGAGUUGGUUCCUAAGCCCAAAGACAGAAAGCUAGUUGGAUGCAAGUGGGUAUUUAGGAAAAAGGAAGGACUACAUGAACAAGAUGCCGUGAGAUUCAAAGCAAGGCUCGUGGCUAAAGGGUACUCACAAAAGGAAGGGGUGGAUUAUGAUGAGAUCUUUUCACCCGUAGUUAAGCAUACUUCUAUCAGAUUGCUUUUAGCAAUGGCAACUCAGCAUGACAUGGAGAUUGAGCAGAUGGAUGUGAAGACAACGUUUCUUCAUGGGGAUCUAGAGGAGACAAUUUUCAUGGCUCAACCAGAAGGGUUUGUUGAAUAUGGGAAAGAAAACCUAGUAUGUCAGCUAAAGAAGUCCCUGUAUGGCCUGAAACAGUCUCCAAGACAGUGGUACAAGAGGUUCGAUUACUUCAUGCUGAAAAUCAAUUUUAGAAGAUGUUUAUAUGACUGUUGUGUGUACUAUCAUGUGUUCCAAGAUGGGAUGAUCAUAUUGCUAUUGCUAUAUGUGGAUGACAUGCUAAUCGCUUGUCAAGACAAGUCUAGAAUUCAAGACUUGAAGAAGAUGUUGAGCAAGGAGUUUGACAUGAAGGAUCUAGGUGCAGCACAGAAGAUCCUUGGCAUGGAAAUUCAGAGAGAUAGGACCGCUGGAAGGAUUUGGAUAUCACAAGCCAAGUAUAUUCAGAAGGUUCUUGAGAAGUUCAACAUGCAAGAAGCAAAGGUAGUUUCGACUCUUUUGGCAGCUCACUUCAAGUUAAGUGGGCAACAGUGUCCUAAGUCCGAGGAAGAGCAGCAAGUAAUGGAGAAGGUUCCUUAUGCUAAUGUCGUGGGCUGCCUUAUGUAUGCAAUGGUAUGCACACGUCCAGACAUAGCUCAAGCAAUCAGUGUCGUUUCCAGAUACAUGGGAAAUCCAGGAAAGCAACAUUGGGAUGCAGUCAAGUGGAUUUUGCGUUAUUUGAAGGGUUCUUGGCGACAAAGGAUUAUGUUUGAGAAGCAAAAAGAAAAUGCAAGGGUGUUGGGAUAUGUGGAUGCUGAUUAUGCAGGGGACUUGGACAAGAGAAGGUCAACUUCUGGUUAUGUGUUUACAUGCGCAGGAGGACCGAUCAGUUGGAGAGCACUACUGCAACCAAUUACAGCUUUGUCGACCACAGAGGCAGAGUAUAUUGCAUUGGCCGAAGCUGGAAAGGAAGCAAUUUGGCUUAAUGGCUUGGUAAGUCAAAUGGGAAUCACCCAAGAUUGUGUGAAGCUGAAGUGUGAUAGUCAAAGUGCCAUUCACUUGGCAAAGAAUCAAGUUUUUUCUGGAAGAUCAAAGCACAUUGAAGCAAGAUAUCACAGAAUCAGAAAUUGGGUGGAGUCUAAGGAGAUUUGGAUUGAAAAGAUUCAUACAGAUGACAAUGCUGCAGAUUUCCUUACAAAGAUAGUGCCGGCCAAGAAGUUCAAGCAUUGCUUGAACUUGAUCAAUCUCGUUGAUUGA